AUGCGGAAGAUACAGGCUCAGCAGGUCCCAUGGCGUACCGGCGUCCAAAGCCAGCGGCUUUUCAGCAACGGGCCGGGUAGUGGUUGGUUCGAGGUCGGGUUUGGAGCACCGGCCACCCAGACACCAGACGAGGCUGCCAUGAUGGAGCGGGCGGUUUAUGCCAUGGAGCAGAAGCAAAAGCAGUUCGAGCAGGAGGAGAAAGAGUGCAUUAAAGCCGCCAACGCAAAGACAGAUGCCAAUGCGUGGUUGGAGCGUGUAGGAUGGGCCGACCAUUUGCAGGGUUUAGAUCCGGAAGCCAUGAGACAGUUGACGGACCCGGUUGGCGAGGAAGAGCAUGUUUUGCAGUUAAUCCACGACAGCAUCAUACGCGUCAUGUCGCAGGCGCGGAUCACAGCCGCACCCAGCACCGUUGGCACCCAGGCGUUGUUCGAAGCGCAGCGUAAAGAAGUCGACAAGAAGCCGCGGCGGCCGUUUGACAAUCGGGUCGAGGAAGACACGUGGGCCCGAUAUACAGCAGUGUGGACAAAGCUGAUAUGUUAUAUUUACCGGGCAGAGGAGAUUGCAGAUGACAAGAAGAGGCCCGGGUUCAAGUUAACAAAGCGGCAGAGCGAUUACAUGGAUGCGUUAGAAGAUAUGAUUCAAGAGCAUAUUGACGAUCCCGAAGCCAACCCGUUAGAUAAGGAUCAGGUGGACACGUUGACGUUGCAGGUAGUCAUUGCAUUACUGGACCACAAGUUAACGGCAGGUGAGUAUCGUAGCGCCAUUAUCAGCGGGUUGGCCGUGCUGGGGAUCCGGAAAGACGGAGGUUGGAUGGAUGUGAUGGAUUACACACCCAUGUAUUCGGCCGUGAUCAAGGUGGCGCGGGCGAUGGUUGUGUAUCAGUCAUUUCAGGAGAGGAAGGCAGAGGUGGCCCGAUUAAAGGAGGCGAAGUUGAGGCAACUGGAUGACGAGGAGGAGGCCGAAGAAGAAGCCGAAGAGGAAGCGCCCAGCAUGUUCCGCAUCGUGCGUGAGAAGGUGCAGAGGUUCAUGACGACAACAUCCAAGGAGACAUACGCCGAGCCAACGCCGAUGGAUUGGAUAUACGAGGCGCGCACGUAUGGCAUGUACAUUCGGUUCAACACACCAGCGAGCGGGACCGUAGAUUGGGAUGGCGACCACAUCAAGUACCGAAAGACACGGUUCCGGAUGGGUGCGUUGACCGAGAUGUUGCACGCAUUGACGAGGGAAGCGAGAGAGCAUUUGGCCACGCUGACGAUGGUGGAUGAUGUGGACCAGCUGCCGCGGAUCCCGUGGUCGGCGGUGGAAGACGAUCACAGCGAGGACCGGAUAGGGUAUUCAUUCUUAACUGACGACCGAAAUCGCGAGUGGGUGAAGAGAGGUAAGAAUUGGGUGAUGAACCAGAUCCGCGAUACCCAACCGCAUGGGCAGGGCCAGGCACGACGCAAGGUAUGGAUCGACAACGAGAGAAGGGACGGAAAGCCGUUCCAGGCCCGGGCGGUGCAGUCAUACGGUCAAACGUUCAACGGGUUCAUGGAGCGCAUAUUCAUGUUGAUGUACAUGAUGAGCCAACCAGGACGAGUCACCGAGAUGACCGGCAUACGACAUGAGAACACAAUGAACGGAGGGGUGCAGGGUGUCGUUAAGGAUGCCGCGAUCCGCAGCCCGUUUAUGUGGCCGGACGAAGUGGUACGCAAGGCGGAAGAUAGCGCUAUAGAAGAGAGGGAGGCGAGACGGGCAGCAUUAGAGGGGCAUCACAACAACAGUGGCAGACGUGAAGGAGAUGACGAAAACGACGAAGAUAACGACGGCGGAGGCGGCGGCAGAAACGAUAUCAUCGAAAACUCAGAUGACGACGACGUGGGGUUCCAGAGUUGGGUGCAGGAGCGAAAGUGGACAUCAGACCGGGUCCGUCGAAUCAUCCAGCGACACAGCAGGCGAUUAUUAAGUGUGACGUUGAAUAUUAGUUCAUGGAGGCAGAUUGCCAUUGCCAUCGCCCGUCGAUACUUGCAUGGUGCAUUCAAAGAGUCGACACUGGAAGGGGAUGAUGAAGAUGAUGAUUUGGAUGAUAACCCCGUUGAUUUGCAAGCCGGACACGGAACACAUGUUGCCGGCAUGAUUUAUGCGCGCGAGUUGCAGCAGGGAUUGUUCAGCACGGCGUCGAUCCGGGACAAGUUCCGAGCGGUUAGCCGGCAAUGGCACCGUUUAUUCGAGUUCCAGGACAGCGAGGAGGGUGGAGCGAUGGCCGCGAUAGCCCGGCGAAAGCGUGCCCCGUACGACACGGAGCGUGAAUACAAUCAGAUGCAGCGAUUCCGACGGUUGCAGCAGGUCAACAUCGCCGGUCAGUUACGACAGAUGAUGGGCCCGUCGGCGGCAUUCCGCGGGCAGCAGGAGACGGUGAUCCGGGCAAUUAUACGGGGAGAGAGUCCCAUCAUCCAGAUCGCAGGCACCGGCGAGGGCAAGAGCAUGUCGUUUUUGUUACCGGCGUAUUGCGCCAACGAUAACGGCGGAACCACAAUCGUGAUCGUGCCGUUGAUAUCAUUGCGGGAUGAUUUGCACGGACGUUGUGAGAAGAGCGAAAUCGGGACAUAUGUAUGGAAGAGCCGUGAAGGACAUCAAAUUGCCCCGAUCGUGUUCGUGACACCCGAAUCAGCCGUGACGAAGGAGUUUGGCGAUUUUGUGAACCGAUUGCAGGCGCGAUGUGCGUUGGACCGGGUUGUGGUGGAUGAGUGCCACACGAUUUUGGACAGCACCGGCCGAUUCCGACCGCAGAUGAUGGAGUUGGGUCAAGUAUUGAAUGAAUGGGGCGUGCAAAAGGUGUUUUUGACGGCCACAUUACCGCCCGGCGAGGUAGAGAGGUUUUGCGAGGUUGUCAGGGUACCGAUAAACCGUGUCAAGAUAUUCCGAUCGCGAACAUCGAGGCCGAAUAUCCGGUAUAGGGUAGUUGAAGUGCCGCCGACGCCGUCGCCAAAACAUCAACGUCAGGAGGGGAGAACAUGCAAAGAUCAGGAAGCCGGGCCAGAAGAAGACGCAGAGGACAGGAAGGUUAUGAAGACAGUACGGGAUUGGUUAUACCAACGCAACAGCGGCCGAGUUAUUGUAUACGCUAAUACGAUCGAUCGAGUUGAGCGAUUGGGAAACAUGUUGGAAUGCCAUGUGUACCAUUCGAAAGUAGACACAACAGCAGGCAAGGAGCAAAGAUUGCGAUUGUGGAUCGAGGACGGUCAUUUGAUCGUAGCGACAAAUGCGUUGGGAUUAGGAAUAGACGUACCGGACGUACGGUUGGUGGUCCACGCCGGCAUGCCGAGUCGAUUACGAGAUUACGUCCAAGAGAGCGGACGGGCCGGGCGAGAUGGUGGGCAGAGCGAAGCAAUCAUCGUCACAUGCCGACCGAAGGGAAACGGACGAGAAGAUGGCAAGGCGAUCGGGAAAAGAGCGAAGCAAGCGCCGGCAUCAAGCAACAGUUGGCCAGCAAAGGAGGCGGCGGUGGAGAGGUUCAUCAGUGGAAUGUGGUGUCGGCGCGUGGUGUUGGAUCAGGUGAUGGAUGGCCGAUUAGAUCGGGCAGGUUGUGAGGAAGGGGUAGAAGAGAUGUGCGACAUAUGCCGGCGGCAGAGAGAUCAGUUGAUGUUCGAGGAGGACAUAUCGUGGGUCGAGAAUCAAGAGAUCGACAGCAGCAGCAGCAGCAGUAUUAGGAGGGAGGGUAUUGAUACAAGAGAUCAACAUGGGGGGGGAGAAGCGACAGAAGGUGAGAUUCAGUCACGGUUUGAGCAGGCAGGGCGGAGCAUACGGUAUGAGCAAUUCAAGGCGAGGCAAGAAGAGAUCCGCAUUCAUCAGGAGGUGGAGACAUUUGAGCGAGAGUUAGGACGCAUGUCCUUUGCUAUCGAGCGUGCUGGGGGUAGGGUUAGGGUGAGGUAG